UGCUUCUUCCUUCGCGGCGAGCUCCUUCACUUCUUCUUCACUCCCUUCCUCGUUCCGAACUCUGUGAGCUAGAACUAUCGUUCGUUUUCCCGGGGCGGGUGACGUCCCGGAGGAGCAAUUUUUUUUUUUUGGUGAAUAGAACGUCUCGGCCCUUCUUUGUUCCUUUGCCUCAUCACCCAUUUUACCAAACCCAUGGCUUGAAUCCUAAGUAGUGCGAAUUUGGUGAGGACUUUUUUGGUCGCGGCGGGAAGGUGAGAAGGAAAAGAUCCGUGGCGAUUCCCACCAACGCAACACUGCUCAUUGCACGGAAUCUCGUCUCUUCGCUCGUGUGGAGAGCGUAGAUUCACGUUCCGGUUCGGUGGAGGAACGCGAGGAAUCGAUUCUCUGCGUCUUGCUCUUGAAGACAUUGCGGCCGUGUUUCGACACGAUGAAGCCCUUGGAAGUUCUCUCUCUGGUUCUGGGUGCUCCUUUUGGCUAUUAAAGAAAAUGAAGUCUCAGAAGCGUUUCUUGAGGUGUCGACAGUUACGCGGUCCGCUCUCGGCCUGCUCAAGAACGUAAAAGUUCAGUCUUUCGGAGCUCUUCGGGCUGUUAUGUUGGUUUGAACUCUUUCUGAAGUCCGUUUGUCGUUCUACAUGCUUCGUUUUUUUUUUUUCUCUUUCGGGAAACUCCUUUUUAUUCUGGUGUGGAUGGUGCGUUUUGUUUUCGGUUCUUUCUUGGAGGAUGAGCAAUGAAAGUCUCGUGUUCGAGGGUCUGCGAAUCUGAAGCAUGGGACACGCUUUAGCACUUUGUCCCUUUUGCCAGUUUCAGACACAAAUGAGCGAGUGUUGAGCAAGCAACGACGUUGGUUCUGGUUCAAAGUUUUUGUUUUUCUUUGCCGUCUGCAAAAAUGGGUUUGAGUUGUGUAUUUCCUCUGGAAAGCAGAAGAGCCGUGAGCUUGUUCUUGCUUCUGAUGCUUUGCCUACAGAGUUCAACCGUGGAGUGCCAAAACAGGACGUUCAGGCACUUAUCGACUGAGCCUCCAUCUUCGUCUAAAGCACCUGACUUCAAGACUGGGUUUAGGAGAGUAAUCCUCAGUGUUGUGCUGGGAGUGUUGACUGGAUCAAUCUCAGCGCUUCUUGUGGCUUGCCUGGUUAAAUCCUUUAUUCUGUACAUCCACAGAACCCCAAUCCUCAAGGGGCCGGUUGUGUUUUCCCCAAAAGUCUCACCCAAAACCCUCCAGACAGCCCUCGAGAACGAAAGCCGGUUGCUCGGAUCUAGUCCCAAUGGACAGUAUCAUAGGACCGCCCUCGACAAUGGGCUCGUGAUCGCGGUCAAGCGGCUUGAGCAGGUCGAGGGCGAUUCGCCAGGGACUCGAAGCAAAUCAGCCAAGAGACGGAUCCAGAAGGAGCUGGAAGUCCUCGCGGGGUUGAGGCACGUGAAUUUGAUGAGCUUGAGGGCUUAUGUUUGCGAGCCAAAUGGGUUGUCGCUCAUUUAUGAUUAUGUGCCAACCGGAAGCCUCGAGGACGUGAUGAAGAGGGUUCGCGAGAAUCAGCUGCAGCUCAAGUGGGAAGCUAGGCUCGGGAUUGCUGUUGGGGUGAUUAAAGCGCUUCAGUAUCUUCACUUUGCGUGCAGCCCUCAGGUCCUACACUGCGACCUGAAGCCUGCGAAUGUGUUGUUGGAUGCUGAGUGUAGUCCGAGGCUGGCGGACUGUGGAUUGGCGAGGCUCUUGCCGAGUUUGCAUCGGACGUCCGAAUAUAGUGCUCCAGAGUGCAUCCGGGAUUCCAGGUACACUGACAAGAGCGACAUUUUCAGCUUCGGCAUGAUACUGGGGGUUCUCUUGACAGGUAGAGACCCCACGGACGCAUUCUUCUGCGAAGCGGCCAGCCGUGGAAGCCUGGGGCGCUGGCUCCGCCAGUUGCAACAGGCUGGGGAGGCAAGAGAAGCUCUGGAUAAGAGCCUUCUCGGGGAAGAAGCAGAGGAGGAUGAGAUGCUGAUGGCGGUUAGGAUCGCCGUCAUUUGCCUCUCCGAUUUCCCUGCUGAUAGGCCUUCUAGCGAUGAGCUCGUACCAAUGCUGACCCAACUUCACAGCUUUUGACUUCCAUAAAAAGAGAAAAGGUAAUGGGAAAAUGUAAGUAUCGGAUUUUCAGUUUCCCCAGAGCUCGUGACAAAUUUGAAACACAGUAUCAAAAAUCUGCUCGCCCUUUGGAUGAACGGCUUAAGGUUCAUGUUGAAUCAUACUCUUGAUUAAACUAAAACAGAGCUGAUGAUAUGUUUGUUCUGCCUUCGAUGGGGCGUGUUCUUUUUCUGGUAUUUUGGUUCAGCAGUUCAUAGUAUGUUGGUUCUCCGGGCUUUCUCUAAUUCUUUUAAUUAAGACUUUCUGUGUCGACUUUGUCGUGUAGCUUUGGUUAGUAUCUUACCUUUCCCACUUCUGUACCUGUGCCUCUGGAAGAAACAGCAUAUCGAAAAUUACUGGUGCUAUGAUAUCGAC